AUGGAUGUGGUAGGCGAAAACGAGGCCCUACAGCAGUUCUUCGAAGCUCAAGGGGCCAGUGGCACUCUGGGGAACCCGACGCUGGAUACAAGUCUGCUGGAGGAGUUCUUGGGCAAUGAUUUUGAUUUGGCGGCCUUGCAACGCCAGCUCCCAGAUACCCCACCCUAUUCUGCAUCAGACUCCUGCUCUCCUCCACAGGUCAAAGGUGCGUGCUGCCCGACUCUGACACCUGCCGCCGGGGGGACGCCAGCUGCUUUCCUCCACUCGGCAGCUGCUCCUGAGAUGCUGCCUGCACACCUGCCGCAGGGCUUGUCUGAAAUGAGCGACUCUGUGCAUUCCCACAGUGCCUUUCACAACUGCUACCCAGACGCCCGUCAUCUCAGGACCCCUCUGGACCAGUCUGUGUCCUCCCAUCUGGGAACUGAUUGUUCUUACCAUCUGCAGCCUCUGUGCCACAGUCCUGGACCCUCAUUGCCACCGACCAAGAAGAGAAAGUGCACACAGGCGCUGGAAGACUCCGGGGACUGUCACGUGUGGGCCCACCACUCCAGACCAAUGACAAGUAGGAGUCACAGCAGCGAAGUGCAAGACCACGACAGUGAGAGACAGAACAUGAUGCCUGUGGACCAGUGCUCUCCUGCUUUGAAGUGGCAGCCAUACCGAAGCGUUCCUUGGCAUAGUUUAUUAAACAGUCAAUAUGAAAAACUACCUGAUAUAGGCUAUCGAGUUGUUACAGACAAAGGAUUUAAUUUUUCACCAGCAGAUGAAGCUUUUGUUUGCCAAAAGAAGAACCACUUUCAGAUCACCAUCCACAUCCAAGUUUGGGGAAGCCCCAAAUUUGUCAAAACCCAAAUGGGUCCAAAGCCAAUAGAAAUGUUUUACUUGAAAGCUUUUGGGAUUAAGGUAGAGGCCACCAAUCAAAUAAUUGCUAUUGAACAGUCCCAAGCAGAUAGAAGCAAAAAGAUUUUCAAUCCUGUUAAAAUCGACCUGUUGGCCAACCAGGUAACCAAAGUAACGCUGGGCCGGUUACACUUCAGCGAAACCACGGCAAAUAACAUGAGAAAGAAAGGAAAGCCAAACCCUGACCAGAGAUACUUCAUGUUGGUGGUCGGACUGUACGCUGCUAACCAAGACCAGUUCUACCUGUUGUCUGCUCACGUCUCUGAACGGAUCAUUGUAAGGGCCUCCAACCCUGGGCAAUUUGAAAAUGACAUUGAUGCAUUAUGGCAGCGAGGACAAGUUCCAGAAUCUGUGGUUUGUCACGGUCGAGUGGGCAUCAACACAGAUGCACCGGACGAAGCCCUGGUUGUCUGUGGCAACAUGAAAGUGAUGGGGACAAUUAUGCAUCCCUCUGACAGCCGGGCGAAGCAGAAUAUCCAGGAGGUUGACACAAAUGAACAGCUGAGAAGAAUAGCCCAAAUGAGGAUUGUUGAAUACGACUACAAGCCUGAAUUCGCAUCUGCGAUGGGAAUAAACACUGCCCAUCAAACAGGGAUGAUCGCCCAGGAGGUGCGAGAGAUCCUGCCCAGAGCUGUGAGGGAGGUUGGCCAUGUAACCUGUGAAAACGGAGAGACGCUGGAGAACUUCCUCAUGGUGGAUAAGGACCAGAUCUUUAUGGAAAAUGUGGGUGCAGUGAAGCAGCUUUGCAAACUAACCAACAACCUUGAAGAAAGAAUAGAAGAGUUAGAAAUAUGGAACAGAAGGCUGGCCAGGCUAAAGCGGCUCAGUAGUUGGAAGUCCUCUGCCAGUGAAGUGAGCUCAAUCAGCAAAUUUAGCAGAGCUCUUAGUGCAUCUUCUCCAAAAAGGACCAUUCCCAAAAAAACAAGCAAGGUUUCUUUUUCAGGAAAAAAACAGUCGUGUCCUAACUGGGUUUUCCAGACCUUGGUUAUAACUCUCAUUGCUGUGAUGGCAUUUUGUGGCUUGACAAUAGUCUCCCUUUACAUACUUAGCUUAAAAGAUCAAGACCAAUGUACCCCAAGUCUCCCUUCGAGCAACCUCACCAGCUCCCAGGAUCCGGCUCUGCCACCCACAGCUUCCCCCUUGGCACCUAAUACAUCUCUGGCAACCACACAACCCCCCUUCCAAGUACCAGAGAUCACUUUCUGUGAGAUCCUGCCAUGUUCGGAGACUUACUGCUGUCCCAUCUGGGGAACAAGAAGAGUCUUCUCAAGCCCUGUGCAAAGACAGCCCAAGGAGAAGGAGCCCCAUCAGAGGCCAUGGGCAGGAGACAGAAGCACAUCAUUCUUGGCAGGACAGGUGCUAACCAACCUUGACUGGGGGAGCGACUGGAUUGAUACAACCAUCAGUUCUAUUCAGAUUAUGGAAAUCCAGCAAAUAAUAGAUCGUCGGUAUUGCAGUAGAAGCCUCCAGUGCGGGUCUGGAAAUUACAAUUACCAUAUUCCUGUUAAUAAGUACACACCCACCAAUGUCAGAUUCUCUCUGGAAAUCAACACAACAGAGCCAUUGAUAGUCUUCCAGUGCAAGUUCACCCUUGGAAAUAUGUGUUUCCAUAGUAAAAGGGAAGCCAAAGGCAUGCAAAGCCACCAAGAAGUCUCCCAGGAGAUGACACAGGGAUAUCAGCACAUUUGGAGCCUCCCUGCAGCCCCGUUCUUUGACAGCGCAUACCAUUUCCGGGUAGCUGCGCCGGAUUUAGCUGACUGUUCAACGGAUCCUUAUUUUGCUGGGAUAUUCUUUACAGACUACUUCUUUUACUUCUAUCGACACUGUGUCUAA